AUGCCUCCGCCCACGGUCGAAGAGUUGCAAGUACAAUUGGCGCAGAUGCAGACCACCUUGCAGCAGAUGCAAGGGCAGGCCGAAGUUCCGCGCGUGGAUUCUUAUCGAAUUCCUAAAAUCCCACCCUUCUUGAUCAAAGAUCCCGUCAUCUGGUUCAUUCAGGUUGAGGCGUCUUUUGGGACCGCCCGCAUCUCGGACCAAAAGACCAAAGCACAUCAUGUCAUCAGUGCGCUAGAUGCCGAAGCAAUCGCGUGCUGUCGUGACUUGAUCGCGGACCCUGACGAAACAGAACCGUACACCCAGCUGAAAGAGCGCAUUAUCGAAAGCUUUUCCGCGUCAGCCGAAGCUCAGCUUCGACAAUUAUUAAAAGGCCAAGUGCUUACUUCCGGAAAACCGUCGCAAAUUCUUAGCCGGCUGCGUAACCUUAAUGCAGAUAAACGUUGCGAUGACGCCGUCAUUAAAACUAUUUUUUGCGAACAUUUAACGCCCUACAUGCGUGGUAUACUUGCGGUUUCGGACUGCGCGGAUUUAGAUAAAUUAGCGAAAAUGGCCGAUAAGAUCGCGGAGACGGCCAACGAAUCGGCACAGUGUGCAGCCUCCUCUGCAAAACAAUCACAGCCAUCGGACCUUGAAAGCAAGGUCGAUCGCCUUGCUGCAGAGCUCGCUACCCUCUCGGCUCAACUUAAACGAUCUAGCAGGUCGCGAAGUAGAGAUAAAUCACGGCACCGCGAACGUUCUAACAGUAGGCAGCCUAAAGUCUGUUGGCCGCACAGAACUUUUGGCGAGGCAGCGCGGGCGUGCAAAGGCACAGAUAAGUCCCCGUGCUCGUGGAAACAAAACAAAGCCGCAGUUACUGAGAAGGGGGAAUAA